AUGGCUCCUGAAAUGGCUUUAAAUUAAUAAUAUUAGAAAUCUAUUGACAUUUGGAGUGUUGGAAUCAUAUAAUUUAUAUUAUUUAACAUGGGAAAGCAUCCUUUACAUAAUUAAAAUGAUAAAAAAAAAGAUUUCCUAAAAAAAAUAAAAAAUCCGGUAUGGGUUUUUCCUGAAAAUAUGAAUGAGUAUUUAUUUAUUAUUUUAGUAUUUAAUUUUUAUUUAAGCUGUUAAAAGCAUUUCUUUUUAAAAACUGCUGCUUUUAAUCCUGAUGAUAGAAUGACUGCAUAAUAAGCUUUAAAGCAUACGUGGAUUAGCGGAGAGGGUUAUUUUUCAGAUCCAAUUACUAUAAAUGAUAUUUAUACAUGUAUUGUUAAUAUAUAAAUAAAUAAUACCAUAACUCCUGUUAAUAGUGAUAAAGAAUACCAAGAAAUUAAAAAAAAAAUGAACGAAUAAUAUGCUGAUGAAGCCGAAUAAGAACAGGGACCAAUGUUGAUUUAAAAACUUGAAGAACAUGGAAUAAAUAAUGGAGAUAUAAAAAAGUUAAUUGAAGCUGGAUUCCAAACAGUAUAAUCAGUAUCAUUUACAAUAAAAAAGAACUUAUUACAAAUAAAAGGAAUGACUGAAGCCAAAAUAGAUAAAAUAUUAGAUAUAGCAUGUAAAUUGGUACCAAAUGAUUUUUAAACAGCAGCUGAAUAUUUACAAAGGCGUGCAUAAGUUAUAAAUAUAUCUACAGGUUCAUCUGAAUUGGAUAAAAUAUUAGGAGGAGGGAUGGAAACAGGUUCUAUUACAGAAAUAUUUGGAGAAUUCCGAACAGGGAAAACUUAAAUAUGUCAUACAUUAUGCAUUACUUGCUAAUUACCUAAAAGCAAAGGUGGCGGUGAAGGAAAAGCCAUGUAUAUUGAUACUGAAGGUACAUUCAGACCCGAAAGACUUGAAUAAAUAGCCCAAAGAUUUGGACUAGAUCCACAAGAAUGUAUGGAAAAUGUGGCGUAUGCCCGUGCUUAUAAUUGUGAUCAAUAAAAUAAGUUGCUUAUUUAAGCUGCUGCCUUAAUGGCAGAAUCAAAAUAUUCGCUUUUAAUUGUUGAUUCGUCUACUGCUUUAUAUAGAACUGACUUUUUGGGAAGAGGUGAAUUAUCAGUAAGAUAAAAUCAUUUAGGAAAAUUUUUAAGAAAUAUUUAAAGGUUAGCUGAUGAGUUUUCGAUUGCGGUCGUUAUUACGAAUUAAGUUAUGUCUUAGGUUGACGGGUCAGCUAUGUUUGCUGGGGAUAUGAAAAAACCCAUUGGAGGAAAUAUUAUGGCUCAUGCUUCUACUACGAGACUUUAUUUAAGAAAAGGAAGAGGAGAGUCGAGAAUUUGUAAAAUUUAUGACUCGCCUUGUUUACCAGAAUCAGAAGCAAUAUUUGGAAUUUCAUAAGGAGGUAUUGCAGAUUUUAACGAAUGA